AUGGAGUGCAUGAAAGCGGCAAAGGGGGCUGCAUUCUCCCACCUCUCUGAGUUUGCACCCCCUCCUACUCCAAUGGUUGAUCACCUGGUGGCCUCUAACCCUUUUGAUGAUGACUUUGGUCCGCCAUCGCGAUCUGGUGGAGGGGGUGGUCCAGGUGGUGCCUCUUUUCUGCCCAGCCCAGGGGGUGGUGGAGGUGGCUAUGGCGGUCCCGGUCGAAUGGGAGGAGGUAUGGGAUUCAUGGGCGGCCCAGGUGUACCUGGAGGUGGACAGCCUGGCCGACGACCCCCUUUCGGUCCCCCAACGCCAAAUACUGGACCACACCACCCACUUGGAUUUGGGGGCAUGCCAGGCUUUGGAGGUGGUGGAGGCGGAGGAGGUGGUGGAGGAGGAUUUCCACCAGGAGGCCCAUCCCAGUUUAACAUGCCACCCAAUUUCAGCCCACCCAUGCACCCUGGGCAGGGCUUCAAUCCAAUGUUGUCACCUGGAGGAAUGGGUGGCGGUCCAGGAAGUGGAGGAGGUCCACCUCAUCCAAGGUUUGGGAUGCCUCAGCAACAGCCUCCACAUGGACAAGGUGGCCAUCCCUUCAACAGCCCACCCUUACCUGGUGGCCCUGGCCCUCGUGGGCCUCUACACGGCCCCAUGAACCCUAUGGGGGGUAUGGGAGGAGGAAUGAACAUGAUGGGCAUGGGUGGUGGAGGUGGUGGGGGCAAUAUGGUGGGUGGUCACACAGGUAUGCCUCCGCAAGGACAGUUCCCUCCUCCACAAGAUGGCCCAUACCCUGGUUCAAGUCCUCCUGUUGGUGAAGAGGGAAAGAACUUUGGUGGU